UCGAUACGGACGUGUGUAGAGGCAGCUCCGCGGCAGGAAAAUCGUAAAUAAGUUAAUUGAAGUUUCGUGAAGUUGUUUUUUGCGAGCGGGUAGAUUGUUUUUGUUUUUUUCUAUUGUUUGCUGACGUCAGGAACAGUUACAGAUUUUCACUGAUAUGGGAUACGUGCUCCUUCAGUAUGCAUAUUUAAUUGUCUUUAUGACAUUCUAUGUAGGUCAAGGCGAUGGUCGACUGAAAAGAACAGCGAAGGACACCUUAAAACAUGAUCUGAAACUUUAUAAGAAAAUGAUAGGUAAAAUAAACAGGGAACUAGACACAUUUUACGACGAGUAUCCUGAUGACCCAAUGAUAGAAUAUUACCAAGAUGACAUAUUUUACAUAAAAUACUAUGAAAAAGAACACAAACAUCCAAAGAUCGAUGAAAAUAAUAUUGACGACGCCAUUAUAAGAAAACACAAAAAAAUAAAACAUCACCAAUCUUUACCGCUAAAAACACAAAAUGAAAAAGAGCGAGGCUUGAACGAAACAAAUCUUUUCCAUAUCAAAGAUGAAAGGUAUACUUGGCCGAAAUUUGAUGACAUAUUACUGGCUAUGGGGAAAAAAUACGACUGGAAGAAUGACAGAUGGAUCAAAGUUAAAAGCAAUAUUGAAGAUAAGACGGAAGCAAAUACUUCACAUAAAGAGUUCAAUGAGAAACAUCACUUCAAAUAUAGAAUUGUAAAAUUGAAUAGAACGAAAAGCAAAAGAAAUAUCGUAAUAGCAGUGACCGCGGUAAGAUAGGUUCUUAAUUUAAUUUUAGCUUGAAAUUCCCUUUGAUAUUAACGGGACCAAAGUGGUGAAAAUUUGAACAUUAUCAAAGCUGAAUAGUGAAUAUCUAAUAUCUGUUAAAUUAUUGAAUCCGCGUUUAUAUUGUUUCCUUGACUGUGUAAUAUUAUUUCAUAAUACUGUAUAUUGAAAUGUUAAAUAGAGCUGUGCCUAAAGUGUUAAAAGUUGUGUUGCAGUUGUAAAAAAUAAGAUAGUAAAAACUGUUAAGUAAAUGCCAUUGUAGAACAUUGCAAAAAAAACAUAUUAUUAUUGCAAUCAAUAGUUAUAAAUCCUUCUGUAUUGAAUAAGCAAGACUACAUCCACGAUUGCAAAGCUGUCUAACGCAAUGCUAUGUAUGAUCGAGGAAAUUGAUUCCUAGACAGUUGA